UGUCCUCCUGCCUUGGAGAAGGGAAGGAGAUCUGAAGACAUCUCUGUGACCAGGCCAGAAAACUGCCACCUGUCCAGCACCCUCCACCGACUUGGACCACAGACUCGUCACUUGUUAGAGCCCAGGUUCCCUAAUUUGGGGGUGCAACAAAAUUAUCUGCAGACUCAUUUAUAAAAGAAACAAGCAAACAAAAAAAACCCAGAUUUCUGGACCCAAGCCUGUUUCAUAAAGGUUUGGGGAGGACUGCUAUUUCCAGCAAGCUACAGGCUGUCUACAUCUCAGGAGUGGGUCACAGGACUGCUCUUGGAACUGGGGGAACCUGCAUCGACCUGUUUCACCAACCAGCCUAUUUUGAAAAGUUGAAAGUUGCUCAAGGUUGAUUCAAGGGCGGGAGCAGCUCCAGAGGCCGUAGCAGCAGCGCCGGGUCCCCGCGGAGGUGCUUCCAGAGGUGUUUUCCUGAAGCAGUGGAGGUUCUCACCGCAGGGUCAGGACUGAUCAGGUUCGUGUUCUCAACAUAGCGUGGGGACCAGUUCAGUUCCUGUUAGUCCUCUGAGAUCUUUCUCACCCCCUCAGCUUCAGGAACAUGGCUGAAGCUAGUGAGACCGCAACUUUGAAAUCUGUUCCUUUGGAGAGGAAUAAGACAGAAAAGGAAGAGCUCCGUAAACUCUUUGUCGGUGGCUUGAGUUCUGAAACCACAGAAGAAAGUCUGUGGAACUACUACCAGCAAUGGGGCUAUCUUACAGACUGUGUGUUAAUAAGGGACCCUGCAAACCACCAAUCAAGAAGAUUUGGUUUCGUCACGUUUUCAUCCAUGGCUGAGGUGGAUGCUGCCAUGGCUGCCAGACCUCACUCCAUUGAUGGGAAAACAGUUAUACCCAAACGUGCUGUCCCAAGAGAGGACCAUGGAAAGCCGGGGGCUCUUGUCACUGUGACGAAGCUGUUUGUUGGUGGAAUUACAGAAGCUACCGAGGAACGUCAUCUUAGAGAGUACUUUGAGAAAUAUGGAAAAAUCGAUGCCAUUGAGAUAAUUACUGAUGGGCAGUCUGGCAGGAAAAGAGGCUUUGGAUUUGUUACUUUUGAUGACCAUGAUCCCGUGGAUAAGAUUGUGUUGCAGAAAAUUCAUACCAUCAAUGGUCAUCACGCGGAAGUAAGAAAGGCUUUGUCUAGACAAGAAAGGCAAGAAGGCCAAUGUCCUGGAAGUGGGAGAGGAAGAAACGCUGGUUUUGUAUAUUUUCAUGGUGGUGGUGGAAAUUUUGGAGCAGGACGAGGAAGGAGCUUUAGAGGAGGACCUGAUGGAUACGGAAGAGGACAUACGUUUGGGGAUGGCUAUCACGGGCAUGGAAGACCUGGAGGGGGCCAUUCGGGGGUUAGCCCUGCUUAUGGAGGGGGACAAGGAGGACAUGGUGGUGGAGGAUCUAGAUGUGACAACCAGGAUGGGGGCACCAGAGCUGGUUAUGACAACUAUGGAGGAAGGAAUUAUGGAAGUCGAAAUUACAAUGAUUUGGGAAAUUAUAAGCAGAAACCUUCUAAGUACGAUUUACUGAAGAGUGGAAAACUUAGUGGUAUCAGGAACAUGGGAAGAUCAUAUGGUGGAGGAAGCUAUGGUCCAGGAGGUAGUGGAGGAAGUGAGGGUUAUGGAGAGAUAAGACGAUACUGAGCUUCUUAUUUGCUAUGGGCUUGACUGUAUAAAUAGGAGAGAAUUAGAGCCCAGAGGGAACAGAAGAGCUUUAGGUUAUGGAAAUAAAAAUGUUAAGGAAACUCUUAUCUCAGUCAUGCAUAAACAUUCAGAGAUGUGGCGGAAGACACUAGAGCAGGUACAGAGAGCCAUUCGUGAGUGGACUCGACGAUGUAAGAACAUUACCUUCCUGUGGAGGAAAGACAAUAAAAAAUGCUUUUGAGACCAUUUCUUAGCUUUUGAAUUGUUGCGCCUUUCCAGCGGUCUCUGUAAGAGUGUGGAAGCAUCCUUUCUUUGAGAAUGUCAAAUUUCAAAGUUUUGGGUGACAUGUGAAACCUUUUUCAAGAUUCUUCUCAAAGUUUUGAAAAACUAUGAGCCAGAAUCAUGGUGUAAUAAGACGGAACAUCAUUCUUCUAAAAAAAAUUUAUUUCGUGUGUAGAGUUAAACUGUUGUACA